UGGCCGUGGGGGCGGCGCUCGGGCGGGCCGGGCGCUCGGCGGGCGCGGAGCCGCGGCCGUGGGGUGGCGGCUCCGGCGGCUCCAGCUCCGGCCCCGGGAGGAGGCGGCGGCAGCGGCUCCCGCUCCGGGCCCGGAGGAGGCGCCGAGCGCGGCGAGGCAGGAACCACAGCUAUCUGAAGAUGAAACCAUGAAGAGCAAGCAGAGUGAAAAAUAAUAAUGCUUUUCCGAAACCGAUUUCUGUUCUUGCUGGCCUUGGCAGCCUUGUUAGCCUUUUUGAGCCUCAGUCUACAAUUCUUGCAUUUAAUCCCAGUGAACCCUGUCAGGGAGGAUGGGUUGAACCCCAAGAGCCGGAAGAGGAUAAUGCCUGACCUGCUGACGGAGCCUCCUGCCAUCGACCCCCUUUACGAAGCUCGCGUGUACUGCAACGUUCCCAGCAUUGCUGAGCGCAGCAUGGAAGGUCAUGCCCCUCAUUAUUUUAAGCUGGUGUCAGUUCAAGUGCUGAUUCGACACGGCGAUCGGUAUCCUCUGUACGCCAUUCCCAAGACAAAGAGACCUGACAUCGACUGUAUGUUGGUGCCCAGCAGGAAACCGUCUCAUCCUCAGCUUGAAGCCUUCAUGAAGCAUAUGUCCAAAGGGUCUGCAGCCCAAAUGGAUGGCUCUCUGAGCAGCCUGCCUCACUUCCCCAGCCAUUCCCUGUGUGAGAUGGGAGAGCUUACACAGACAGGGGUUGUACAACAUCUGCGGAACGGACAGCUGCUGCGAGAAAUUUAUAUCAACAAACACAAACUGCUCCCUGGUGACUGGACAGCCAAGCAGCUCUACUUGGAGACCACGGGGAAAAGCCGAACCCUGCAGAGUGCACUGGCACUGCUCUACACCUUUCUGCCAGAUUUUGACUGGAAGAAGAUUAACAUCAGGCACCAGUGGAGCACCAUUUUCUGCUCGGGAAGCUGCGACUGUCCCAUGAGAAACCACUACCUAGAAGAGGAGCAGCGCAGGCAGUACAGCUUACGGGUGAAAAACAACAAUUUGGAGAAAAUAUAUGUGGAUAUGGCAAAGAUUGUGGGCAUUCCCACCAGGCAGCUGAGGGCUUCUAACCCUAUAGAUUCUCUCUUGUGCUAUUUCUGUCAUAAUGUCUCAUUUCCAUGUACUAAAGCUGGCUGCAUUGGUAUGGAACACUUCAAAGUAAUCAAGAGACACCAGUUGGAGGAUGAGAGAGAAAGGCAGGAAAAGAAACUUUACUUCUUGUAUGCACUAUUAGCUACUCAUCCUCUCCUCAACCAGACUGUCAAUCGGCUGCAGCGCAUCGCAGAAGGCAAGAAGGAAGAAGUGUUUGUUCUCUACUCUGCACAUGAUGUCACCUUGUCACCUGUUCUUAGUGCCUUGGGCAUUACAGAGGCCAGAUUUCCCAGAUUUGCUGCCAGAUUAGUUUUUGAGCUGUGGCAGGAUGGGAAGAGGCCCAAAGAACACUUUAUCCGCAUCCUGUACAAUGGUGCUGAUGUCACAUUCCAGACCUCGUUUUGCAAGGAUCAUUAUAAACGUUCCAGCAAGCCAAUGUGCCCACUAGAAAAAUUUGUCAACUUUGUCAAGAGGGAUAUGUUCUUAAUUUUUAACAGUACAAGCUACUAUGAUGCAUGUCAUAGGAAGGCACUGUAGAGAAGGAGGAGGAAAGGAGGCAGUGUUAACUUAUGUCAGUGAUCUGUUUUCUGACAGAGGCACAGUUCAGUUUUCUUCUUGUAUUUUUACGUGUAAGUACAGAAGGGUAAUGCUUGAAACAUUCUUCAAAUAGUUUUAUUUUCAUUCAGGCUGCAGAUGGCCUUCAGCAGAAGAACAAAUGCCAAGGGUUAUGUGUACGUGUAUGAUCACAAAUGCUGUUAACUGCUGUGAUAAACCACGUGGGUGAAUGUAACGUGGCCCUUGCUUGAUAGAAUGAGAGAGCACAGACUUUGUGUUUCUCUCUUCCAGAGCAAUACUUGGAUAGCAUAAGAUUAAAGUCAAAACUACCUUUUUUUCCACCACCAUCUUGCAAUCAUUUAAGUGGUUCAUGUCAGGGUCACAAUGAAUUCCAAGUGUCUGCAUUAAGGCAUUUGUAAGGAAUUUUUGAAUUUCUUUACUCAGAGGAAACCUUCUAAUAUUAUGGGGCACGUCCUUAAAGCAAAGUGCGUGUCUGUGUGUGUGAAUACUUCCCUGAGCAUGUACAAAUGAGCGUGUGCCUUUUGCACCUCACAGCCCUAGAAACCCUUGGCUAUUGUUGCCACUGCCAGAGAAGGGUGUACUGGAAAAGGGAUACAAAACUCUACUCUUUGAUCGCACUUUCAGCACUUUGAAUAGUUCAAACACAGUCUAGAAACAUGUAAAGGCCUUGUGACGUUAAAAUAGAUAGCAAACACUAACAGUACCACUAAACCUGAGUGGGAAAUUAGGGCUAGAAAUCAGUUUUAUGGUGAAGUGUUGGGCCCAUUGUGGACACGUUCAAGCUGUUGUGCUAUGGAACAAAUCAGUAUUUUAGGAAUUUGCUAUGGUGACUGCUUGAGACAGCUUGACUAAAUGCUGAGAAAACUUUGUAGUUGAGUUAGUAUUUUUAUGGACUAGGAAACUCUUUUUUUUUUUUUUGUAAGACCAGACUUGUACAUAUUGUACUGUGUAUAUUUAUAACACAGUAGAUCUUUCUUACUUGUUUAGUUUGUAAAGACUUGUGGAGGUCACUUUUUAGACUUUUUUUCCCUUGAUCAGGAUGUUUAGACUUCAGAAUAAACUGUCUGUUCUGGGUAAUUUGAACAAUGAGUAGAUAUGAAAGACUGCUUUCAUCUCUGUAGGAGUAGUAAAUUGAGAACCAAUUUUUAAUAGAAUUCCUAGAAAUUUUAUAAUGAUGGAGGUUUUUUAACCUCUAGAAAUAAAUUAGUAUGUGAGUUGUGAUUCACUGGUGCUAGUUUGUCAAAGAAAACAUAAUUCAGCAUAAGUUCUCUGACUCUUGGCAUUCCACUCUCUCUCUGUUUUCAAUGCUGCAUUUGAACACUUUAAAUAAAAUUCUGGGGUCUCUUUGUGUA